AUGGACAUCGAAGCUGAUUGGGUUUUCUUAGACAAUAAUGAUGAAUUUGUUAUUGAACCGACGAUAUCUUCAAUCGUUGAAAAAAUGAGCGAACAAGAUAAUGAUACAACAACUAAACUUAGCUAUGCCGCUGUCUUACUGAAAAACGCUAACGAAAAUCAGCAUCAAACACGAUCAGUUAUGCCGAUUGUAGAAAAGAAAGAAAAGCUCAUUGACAAACGGAAUGAUAACUGGGAAUUGUCGACGUCAUGUCUAGAACCGAAACCUGGCAGCCAAUUUCGUAAUCCUCGUGAUAAAGCAGGUACAAAUAAAGUUCAUAAAAAUCGAAAUAGAUCAUCGUCGCCACCAAGAAAGAUUGGGAACUCAAAGAAAACUGGCUGCACCUUCUGUAAUCCAAGGAUAGCAAAUCGUAUUGCACGUACACGAGAUGUACGUGCACAGUGUUCAAGAGCAAAUUGGAAAGACUACGACUAA